UGACGUAUUAUUUACGAGACGAAGUUGUGUUUACGAACCUUAGCUGCUGCAAGAAGACAUCGCAGAUUUAUGAACGCUGGCUUUUAAUUAAAAGAAAAGAGGUGGAGGAUGUCUGUUACAGCUUUACGUUUGAUCCACUGUCGAAGGUUGAGCUCAGCUGGGCCUCCUGCUGUGAACAAAGUGCUCCAAUGGAAAGCUUUAAGGAAAGUAGCUAAAGUAACUGGCGCAGUUGUCUUUGGGGGUUGUCUUUUUAUUACUUAUGAAAUGGUUGCCUUGGAUAAGGCUGUGACCGUCGACACAAGUGCAGUCCAGCAGGAGAAAUAUAAAUCUUUCGUUUAUCUCAGGGCCACGCCCUCUGCUGAAAAUGAAAACUUUGCUUCAGGCCUCACGCACAAAACGAGAAGGGAGCUUCAUAAAGCGGCGAGGCGGUUGGUGGAACUAUCCUCGAGGCUUUUCCUGCAAUCCCUAGAUGAGCACUUCAGUCGUGUUGAUGCAAACCCGCAUGAAGUUGCAUUAUGGGUACUGCUGAAGAGGACCCAAUCAGCUGAUCGUGACACAAGGCUGCAGGCUGUAAAGGAGCUUGCAGACAAUCACCACUGGCAUGACUACCAGUACCAGACAGCAGCGCAGGUUAUCGACCAGCGGACAGCAAUAGGCCUGGCCCGAACUCCUCAGGUGGAUCUGCGAUUCUUCCGACCCCCGCCUACACUGCCGGACAUGGAAGAUGGUUUGUCUGCAGAGGAUGGACUACGGCAGCUGCUUGGCUCUCUUCCUUUGUCUGAGGUGGACAAAUGUGUUCAGUACUUCACCUCACUGGCGCUCAGGGAGAGCACGCAGUCCAUGGCUGCACAAAGGGGUGGACUGUGGUGUUUUGGUGGCAAUGGGCUGCCUUAUGCCCAGAGCCUGACCUCUGUUCCCUCAGAGAAAGUGGAGUCCUUCUGUCUGCAGGCUCUGGUGCAGCACUCAAAGGUACAGAGCCACUGUGACCACAUAGUUGCAAAUGGAGGUCUGCAGCUCCUUCAGAGGCUUUACCAGCUCAGAAGGGAGUCCCUGAAGAUUCAGAGAAACAUUGUUUGUAUUAUAGGAAACCUGGCUCUAGAUGAACGGAUCCACCAGGCCAUAGUCCAAUCUGGCUGGCUGCCUGUCCUGGCUGCGAUGAUGCAAUCUCCUCACGUCAUGCAGGCGUCUCAUGCCGCUCGAGCUCUGGCCAACCUGGACAGAGAAACCGUGAAGGAGAAAUACCAAGAUGGCGUCUACAUCCUCCACCCACAAACACGUAGCAAUCAGCCAAUCAAAGCAGACGUGCUGUUUAUCCAUGGGAUUUUAGGAGCAGCUUUUAAGACAUGGAGGCAGAAGGACCGCAAUACGGUAGAAAAAUCGAAAGAUGCUGAAAGCAACGAUGACUACACCGAGUGCUGGCCAAAGUCAUGGUUGGCAGCUGAUUGUCCUAAUCUGCGAGUUCUGUCAGUGGAGUAUGACAGUCAUCUUAGUGACUGGAUGGCCAAGUGUCCUGCUGAGAAUCAAAGGAAGUCGUUGGCUUACAGAAGUCGAGAGCUGCUCAAUAAGUUAAAGCUGGCAGGAGUUGGAGAAAGGCCCGUUGUUUGGGUAGCUCACAGUAUGGGAGGAUUGCUUGUGAAGAAGAUGCUGCAGGACGCAGCUGACGACCCAGACAUGCAGGAGUUGUUAAAGAACACUAAAGGAAUAAUGUUCUAUAGUGUUCCUCAUCAUGGUACCUUGAUGGCAGAGUACUCUGUUAAUGUCAGAUAUCUCCUCUUUCCCUCUAUAGAAGUCAAAGAGCUCUGCAAAGACUCACCAGCUCUACAUGACUUGAAUGAGAGCUUCCUGAACAUUGCCAAAGAAAAUGAAAUCAAAGUUUUGAGCUUCACAGAGACCAGGCCUACAAAUAUUGGACACAUGAUCAAGAUUUACGUGGUACCAACACAGUCAGCAGACCCUGGCAUUGGAGAACUUAUUCAUGUAGAUGUUGAUCACCUCAACAUUUGCAAACCAGAGAAGAAGGACUCGUUUCUCUACAGGCGCAGCCUCCAGUUCAUCCAGGAAGCACUCCAAAGCUACAUCAGCCAAUGACAGAAACUUAUGAACACAAAAUCCAGCGCUAUCACCUGCUGUAUGCUUGAAAUCUGAGGAACACUGACAACCUUCCACUGACAAAACCCCAAGCUCUAUCUU